AUGCCAGACCUCACAGUCCAGACGAAGAUGUCCUCUACAGGCCCCAAAAAACGCAUUCUCUACAUCCUUGUGAUGGGUCUCACAGGAGCUGGGAAGAGCACAUUCAUUUCCGUCGUCACUGGAAAUGAGGACAUCCCGAUCGGGGCCCCAUCGGACCUGGAUGGAGUAACACAGGAGGUUCAAGACUAUAUACUCUACUACCACCACAAAGGCUGCCGUUACGAAAUCCAUCUUAUCGACUCGCCUGGAUUCGACGACGGAACUCUGAAUGACGCCCAAGUCCUGUCACAAAUCGCAACUUAUAUUAACACAAGCUACAAACUUAAACAAAGACUAGCAGGCGUGCUGUACCUCCAUGAUAUUACCAAAGCAAAAGUAGGUGGUGUUGGAAAGAUAAACCUCCGCAUGCUAGAGAACUUGAUCGGCAUGGAGAAGUGCAACAACUGCACGUUAGUCACGACCAAAUGGGGAUGCACCAAUCUUCAGGAUGAAGAGAAAAGAGAAAAGACGCUGAGUGUGGAGAAGAAAUUCUUUGGCGCCAUGCUGCAAAACGCGCAGCAAGCCAAGAUGAAGAGAUUCGAACCCAAGACGAGGAAAUCGGCACUAGACAUUAUCAUCCCAUACCUGGAGAACGAAUUCACGCCGCACAUCUCCCGUCAGAUGGUGGACCCGCGGGGGCCGAAGCUACCUCUGGGGGAGACAGAAGCGGGCAAAGUUGUAGCCGACAACCUGGAGAAACUCUCGCAGACCAAGCAGGAACAGAAGAUGGUGCAACACGCGCAGGAGAUCCUAUCGCAGAGUUACGACGAGAGUUUGUUUGAGGAAUUCAAGCAGAAGAGGAAGGUGUUGCGGCGCAAGAUCCAUAUGCAGCAGUCCGGCCGCUGGAUUAUGCGCACCGCGAUCGUGGGCGGAGCCAUUGUGGCCACUGUUCUCACGCUUGGACUGGGCGCUUCCGCUUUUGCAUUGGAGCCCGUGUACGAGAAGGCUGUCAGGGGGCAAAGAAAGGCGGAGAAGAAAGCCAAGGUGGAUCUGAAAGCAGAUUUCAUCGAGAAGAGUAAGAAUGCGAAUCAGCUCAGGCAGACCAACCCGGAUUGGUUGUGGGACAACAAGGUGAAGCGGCUGCAGGAUUUGGAAAAGUCAUACAGUCUGAAGAGUGGAAGCUCUGACUCGGAUAUUUUAAAGGUUGUGCGGCUUGGGGAGAAGGUUGGGUUCGCUAGGUCUGAGGACUCCGAGGCUCCUCUGCAUGCCGCUGACUGGGAAUGUUCUGACAGCUCAGAUUCUUCGGAAUCUGAUGCUGAGCAAGAAUGA